AUGGCAGAUCCGCCGCCCAUCCGGGGCAUCCUGAAAAAGGGACGGUUCUCGCAGCCGAUGCCCGCGGUGGGCGCGGUGGACGUCGGGGACGACUCGACCGAUGUCGGAAACGGCCGACAAAACAGCGAUCCUCCAACAGCGACCUCGGUUGAUGAGCAACUGCCGCCGGGUGCGCAGCGGGCGAUGACGAGCAGUGUCGCGGGGGCGGAGACAUCUGGAGGAUCGGAUGACGGCGCGUCGUGUCCGCGGUACUUCGGGUCGAAGUCCAUCCGGGAUAGCAUAGCCAAGCACGUGGGGUCGGUCACGAAGAGCUCGCAGGAGGUGCUCGAGCUGCGGAAGCAGUUCGCGGGACUGGCGGCGGCCUACGACGACGACAGCGAGAGCGAAAGCGGAAGCGACGCCGCAAACGUGCCAGAUGACGCGUUUACCCUCCAGGAGGACCGCGUGCACGGCGGCGAACGGGGCGCUGCGCUGGCGUUGCUCUCGCCGGUGCAUCCAAAGAUGCAGCCGCGCGCGUUUGGGGGGGAAAUCCAGGCGGACGAAGAUCCACCCGCACCGCCGCCGCCGCCUCCGCCCGCCGCCGCCGCCUCCGCGGCACCGAUCGGCAGCAGACGCAGCGACGGCUCCACGGCGAGGGGAUCUUCCGGUCGCGGGCUGAGCCGAUUCUCCCGCGACCUGGACGUCGAGGCGAAAGAUUUCCCCGACGUGUCGGUGCACAGCGGCGAGGAACCGUCCCCGCUGCCCACCCCGGAGGUCUCCAAGCACGGGACGAACGAGGCGUGGCUGUUCAUCAAGGAUCAAUCGCAGCAGCAGCGCCAGCGGGAGGGGCGCCCACCGCUGCACCUGAUGAACAGCGGCCGGUCGGAGGCGACGAGCUCCAUCGGCGCCGAGUCCGACGACGGCUCCAGCGCUCCCACCUCUCGAGCGGGGAGCGCGCGCAGAAGCGGCAGCGGCAUGCACCGCUCCGCGUCCGUGGUCUCCUUCCGCGGCGAUGGCGGUAGCGAGGAGUCGCUGCACGACGUGCACGUCAUCGGGAGCGUCAGCGAUCUCAAGAAGGAGAAGAAGGGGAAGAAGAGCUCGACGUUCAAGUGGCUGAAGAAGGAGGCGUCGGCGCUCGCGUACGAGUUCGGUCUCAAGAAAAAGAAGAAGGCUUGUCUGGAGGUGGACGCGAAGCUGAAGGAGAGCAGACGGAACAUGGUCGAUAACCUGGACGACGCGAGCGUGCACAACGAGGGACGCAGGGCGUGGGAGACGAGGGACGUGAGCCUCAGGGGCGGGGGUGAAUUUUUCCACGCGGAUGUCAUGCGGCGGUCGGCGUCGUCGCCCAAGCUUCAGGGGGGAACGACGGGGCUGGGCGACGGGGACGAGGCGGACUCGCCGAUGUCGCUGCCGGACGGGUUGGAACGGUUCACCCGGGAAGAGAACGAGUAG